GCGUCGCAGUGACUUCUAGUACUGCACACUGUUUACGACCACAAACACAAACCCCUACACACACCGCCGGAGCGCCAGACUGUCCGGGGGGGUCCGACGAUGGAGGGAGUCGGGUCGAGGCUGGGCCGGGCAUCUUCCCGGUACGGCCCAGCCGCCGCAGUGUUCAGUGGCCCAGUGAGGAAGUGGAAGAAGAGGUGGGUCCACGUGCCGCAAUCCUACCACAGCUCCCAUCCCCAAUCCAACGGCGGCAAUAGCUCUCGCCUCGUCCUCUGCCGGUGGACCCCCAUCUCUUCCAGCACAGUCGCCGAUUCCGGCUCGGCUGGCUCCGCCGAAGAGCCGCCGAGACGCAAGUUCCGCUACACUCCUAUUGCUGUGCUAGAAGAACAGAGCAAGGCGGGCAUCAAAAAGUCCGAAGAUGAUGCUAACAUGAGUCAGACCAACCAAUCUAUGAAGCCGGACAUGGAUGAAGAUUUGAAGAAAGGAACUCAGGAUUCAAAUGUAAGUUAUUUGGAUUUGGGUUUGUGCUUGAAAGGCCACAAUGACAACCUUGAUUCUGUAGGAGAGAACACAGAGAGUCAGAUGAAGAGUGGCAACAUUGAUGUUGAUUUCUUUCUGAAGACGAACUGACUUGAAAAAAUAAAUAAAAAAAAAGAAAUUGCUCCUGCAAUAAGAUGAAGUCAGAGCAUUUGGCGACCUUGUGGACAUUGCAUGUCGUAGAAUCUUGUAAUUAAGUUGUAGGCUGGUUUCAUCAUUUUAGUGCCUGUAUAUGUUUUGUCUCCUCUCUAGCUAAUAUAACCCGUGUUUUUUCUGUUGCCGCUAUGGCUGUAAAUCUAAUGGUUUUUCGUAUC